AUGCUCAAUGUUGUCCUGUGGGCCGCGUACACUCUCUCGGGCUACUUGAUAACGUACACGCUCGGGCUAAUGCGCGAAUCCCCGUUCCACAACCCACUGUUCCCGCUGUGGGCGACUUUCUUGAUGAUCUUUCUUGGAAGCUCAAACUCUUUCUCUGCACAUAGUCUUGAGGACAACGAGCAGUGGAAGAAUUAUGCUUGUCAACACGUGGUCACGUUCAUAGGGUUACUAACAUUGUGGACACUCUAUCUGACCACCUUGCCGUCAAGGCUGGCGGUUUUCCUGCUCUAUUUCGUCAUCCUAGCGCUUAAGACCACAGAGAGAGCACUAUCGCUCGUGUCAGUAAGCGCAUUUGGCCGGGAUCGAAUGACAAAAUGGGUCGCGGAUCAUAUGUCAGUAAGCUCCAAGCAUCGUUGCCUGGAUCCCCGCGCCGAUCCCGAAACUAUGAAAGGAUACAAAUAUGUGGUGAAAGUGAGUCGGACCGUACUCGAGAAAGUCUUUGGUGAAGUCGCAGCACCAAAGGCAAAUUUUGAAACGGUCUCAGGAAAUUAUGAGGAGGAAGUCAUCACCAUAGAAAGGGUGUGGGAGUGCAAAGGGGCUCUUUUGAGCUCAAGCGGGGGAGACGGGGAUGGCAAGUUCAAGGAUAUUUGUCUCUCUUACGCGUUCUACCUGCUUCUCCGUUUGAAAUUUUUGAGCUACUCAUUGCCGGAAGAAGCUCAUCAGAAGGCGUGGCACUUGAUUCGAGAUGGAAUUCUUCAGAAAGAAAAUGGGUAUGAGAGAGCAUUUCGAAUCGCUGAAGUCGAGCUUACCUUUUUUCACGAUUUUUUCUACACCAAUUACCCCAUCAUUUUCCAAGCGCGCCUUUGGCAGCUGAAAGUGGUGGAGCUUUUGUGUUUGAUCACAGGCACCAUGGUAACAGUUGUAUUCCUGAUGCCCAAAACCACAAAGCCCCAAGAUGUUGUUGUCCAAUUGGUGACAUCCAGUGGGUGGAGGGUCGACGUUCUCGUGACUGCGGUCGUUCUCAUGGUAUUCAUAUGUGUUGAGCUUGUUCAGCUCUUUCUGAUGGCUAUCUCCGACUGGGCGAAAGUUGAAUGGCUUUGCAACUACGUGCAAAAGCAGUCGUGGCAAGGGAGCAAGCGCAUCGAGAAGCUGAUAGGACUAAUAUGCGGGGUACAUUUGAAGCCUUGGGAAAGGAAACUUCGCCAAUACUCUUUUCUCGAAUCGUACAAUCAGGUCCCUUCCAGAUUUCUCUACCAUUUCUGCAAAAUCAAUUUCGUCGAUGUCCAUGGGAGAGGUCAAAAACAAAGCGCUCCCGUUAGAUUGUCCGCUGAUGUGAAGAAGGCUGUGUUUGAUUCUCUGAUGAAGAGCAACAGGAAAUUGGCGAAUGGACAAACUUCUUUGAUGCUAAACAACAUGUCGGAUGAGCUAUCUUGGGCGUGUAGGCUCGAGACACAAACUGAAGUUAUAAUGGUUUGGCAUAUAACUACGAGCUUUCUUGAGUAUAAGCGGCCGUUGAAUCACGAUCCAAACUUCAACAUAGCGACUAACUUGUCCAAAUAUCUUGCCUAUUUGGUGGCAUUCGCCCCGAGAUUGUUACCUGAUCACCUUUAUGACACGGAGAACAUCUUCAACCAAGUCAUCCUUGAAUCGCGGGAAGAGCUUAAGAUGUGCAAGACAUAUGGAGAAAGAAUCCACAGACUGAAGGACAUCGGGGAAAUACCAGAAGAUACGGAAACACCAGAAAAUAUGGUUAUACAUCGGGGCGCCCGGUUGGGGGUUCAAUUGCUGAAAGAGAACCAGCGGCGCAUUUGGAAGAUCCUGGCCGAGUUUUGGGCCGAACUAAUAUUGUAUGUGGCUCCAUCAGACAAAGCAAAAGCGCACGUCGAGCACUUAGCAAAGGGAGGGGAGUUUGUGACUCAUUUGUGGGCUUUGGUCUCUCAUGCCGAAUAG